CAGUUUCUCAUUUUAUAAAUCCGAAUCAGGCUCUGACAUUUCUAAAAAGAAGAUUACGUCAUUUUUAUUAAAAACUGCAGAGUGUAUUUAUUAUACCUCGUCUUGCUAUGUCAGUUACAUGGCCAUGAGAACUACCAUCAAGCUGUAGUGGUCUGAUACGUUUCUAAGCGUAACUAUGAUACCGUCACUUCCAACAGUCAAUUAAGUCUGCGUUUAUUGCAAGACCUCGACUUAUGACAUUACCCUGCACGACAUCGUGUGUCGUGAGCUCUGAAAAUCUCGGUCGUUUCUUCAGGAAGACCGAUGGAUGCAACCAGACUUUGGUUCUGCGUCGCUUCUCUGGUGCUGCUCUGCCGAGCUCGGGAUACGAACGCAGUCGUCGCGUACGAAUUCGUAGGCAGCCAUGACGUGGACACGUCACCACCAGGUUCUGACACGGCAAGACUUCUCUUCAAGAAGUCACCAGUCGUGACCGACAGCCCGCCUCGUCAGUCUCACGUCAAGCCUCGCGCUGCCUCACCCGCCCCUCCCCACCUCACCACCACCGUCUUCUCCAACACACUUGCUGGUCCGGGUCUGGCAGCCAUGUUUACUCCACCUCCGAGUUUUCAGAAUAACGACAUAAAGCCGAGUUUUGCGGACACCACCCCAACCAACGUGACCGUCAUCCGCGGCAGGAUGGCUGAGCUUAAGUGCGCAGUCAACAACCUCGGCACAAAGUCCGUUUCGUGGGUUCGUCACGAAGACAUUCACGUUUUGACAGUCGGGAGAAUCACAUUUACGAACGAUGAUCGAUUCGUGGCCCACAACACGCCAGGGUCCAACGUUUGGUCGUUACGAAUCAAAUUUCCGCAAAUCCGUGAUACUGGAAAAUACGAAUGUCAGGUGUCGAUCCGACCACCGCUGGCGCGAGUUGUGCUACUCAACGUUGUAGAGCCGCAGGCUGUGAUCACCUCUGGGGAGCAGCUGUUCGUGGACCGCGGUUCCCCCCUGAACAUCACGUGUGUGGUACCCGACAGCCCUGAGCCUCCCAGGAAUGUAUUUUGGUACCAUCAGAGCAAGGUGGUGACGUUCGACGGGUCACGGCAGGGCGUGAGCGUGAGCACGACGAAGGGCGCGACCACGACCAGCAUCCUCAGGAUCGAAGACGUCCGCCUUCAGGACUCCGGUGUCUACAUCUGCAGUCCCGAGGGCAUGCGCGAGGCCUCUGUUACCCUCACCGUCCUGCACGGUGAACUGCCCCAGGCCAUGCAGACGGGCUCGACGUGCCGCGCGUGCUUCGGAUCGCACGUUCUGCUCACGCUCAUCGUGACGUACCUCGUGGGGCUGCCGGCCGUAGAAGCCUUGUCGUGCGUCGCUGCCGUGAGAGUGUCGUACCGUGUUAAGUCGACUCUUAUGACUGCACCUUGUUCUUCACAACAAAGUUUUCAAACGAAAAAUUUCUCCUCAGGAAAAAACUUCACCUUCCCCAAUGAUAAAAAGAAUGCACGGUUCUUCUUGACGGAUAAUCUUCGUCAGUGUAUUAGAUGACUCGCUUGCCGGGCUGAUGCCCUGGCUAAGGGAUCCAUGUAAUUAUGUUGGCCAUCGAUGAUAGUUUAUAAUGAAAAGAUUAUCGCGUAAUGUAGUUUAGACUUAAAAAUGAUUGUUCCAUGAAAUUUAUUUGAUGUGGUGCUAUCCCGUUUGUUUCAAUACAAAGCAUUCAAAAUAUGUCAAAAUAUCCGUUUGCUAAACCUAUUAAAUGUUUACCA